AGAGAGAGACAUAGCCAUAAACACAGACACAGACACACAGAUACAUUCAGACAGACAGAGACUUACACACAUACACAUACAUACAUACACACGCACACGCAGCACACGCACUGAGAAAUACACAUAGAAAUAUACAGACAGUAAUAUACAGAUAGAUAGACAAGUCCAUACAAGAUGGCAGCGGUUUCUGCUCUAGCGCAUCACAACGGAGUUUUAAUGCCGGGUACAAGCAGUGAGCAUACAAUACCGACUCAAAAUCUGCAAGUUGUCAACGGACCAUCAUCUGCUAACUCAUCACACCCUAAUACAAUACCCAUGAAGGACCAAGAUGCGAUCAAAUUAUUUGUGGGGCAAAUUCCGAGGAAUUUGGAAGAAAAAGACCUACGACCGAUAUUUGAGGAAUAUGGGCAAAUCUAUGAGUUGACGGUUUUAAAGGAUCGUUUUACAGGAAUGCAUAAGGGUUGCGCAUUUUUGACAUACUGUAACCGAGAGAGUGCCGUUAAGGCCCAAGCUGCACUCCACGAACAGAAGACCCUACCUGGCAUGAACCGUCCAAUACAAGUCAAACCUGCUGAUAGUGAGAGUAGGGCAGAAGACAGAAAGUUGUUUGUCGGCAUGCUCAAUAAACAGCAAACAGAAGAUGACAUACGUCAGUUAUUUCAGCCUUAUGGGACGAUUGAAGAAUGCACAAUACUGCGAGAUCAAAAUGGAAAUAGCAAGGGUUGUGCAUUUGUCAAGUUCUCUACUCACGCUGAGGCACAAGCAGCAAUUAAUGCUCUCCAUGGUAGUCAGACAAUGCCAGGUGCCUCUUCAAGUCUAGUUGUGAAAUUUGCUGACACAGAAAAAGAACGACAAUUGCGUCGAAUGCAACAGAUGGCCGGCCCCCUCAGCCUGUUAAACCCGUUUGCUCUCACACAAUUUGGUGGUUAUGGAGGAUACACCCAAGUUAGUACACAGCAAUUAAUGCAACAGCAAGCUGCGAUUAUGGCAGCUGCAGCUACACAAGGGACAUACUUGGCUAGCCCUAUCGCCUCCCUCGCAGCACAUGUGCAGUCUAUGAAUGCUUUGGGAGCUCCAAAUGGUAUAAGCACAGCAGCCAUCACACCUACAACUGGAUCGCUAGCAAAUGGUACAGCAACAUCACCAGCUAUUAAUGGUGCCCCCAACAUGCUUUCACCAACCGUAACCAGUUUCCCAGUUCCCCAGGCUAACAGCCAAGCACCAGAAGUGUACGCCAAUGGAAUUCCACAUUAUCCAGCCCAAGCAGUUGCUAAUGGAGAUCCACUUCAAGCCUACGCAGUACAGCCUUAUGCAGGAAUCGUCCUCUUUGUCCUGAACUUUGGAUUAGGUUUUGAAUAUUGUAUGAAGCAGCAGCAGCAGUUUCUUCCUUGGCCCAUCACAUCCUGGAUAUUCAGCCAGUAUGUGUGUGUUCAUAAAUAUAUUUAUGUAUAUAAUGUUCACCUCCAUUUAAGUAUAUAUAAUGAUGUAUAUAUGUAUUUAUAUACAGCCAUGCCUAUGUUUCUGCUAUCUCCAGGGCCGGAAGGUUGCAAUCUUUUUAUAUAUCACUUGCCCCAAGAAUUUGGCGAUGCUGAACUAGCCCAGAUGUUCAUGCCUUUUGGUAAUGUUAUUAGUGCCAAAGUCUAUGUCGACCGCGCCACCAAUCAAAGUAAAUGCUUUGGUUUUGUUAGCUUUGACAAUCCAGCCAGUGCCCAGGCUGCUAUACAAGCCAUGAAUGGAUUUCAAAUUGGAAUGAAACGCCUGAAGGUACAGUUGAAGCGGCCAAAAGAUGCAAAUCGCCCCUAUUAGAACGUCUUCUUAUCAAAUUAGAAAAUGGUAAGUAAGGGUUAAAAG